AUGCAUCUUCCCUCCUUGAUCGCCUGCCUGGGCGCAGUAGGUGCACAGGCUGCUGCCAUAGCACCUUGGGCUAGACUCAGGUCUGUAAAUGAGACUGACUUCGCCGCUGCCGCUGCUUUCCCCGAUGGCUACUGGAUGAAUGACCUCUCCGGUAAAGGACGAGCAGCUUUCAACAGCAACCCGAACUACAAGGUCUUCCGCAAUGUCAAGGAAUACGGUGCCAAGGGCGAUGGUGUAACUGAUGACUCUGAUGCUAUCAACCGUGCCAUUUCCGAUGGCGGCCGCUGCGGUCCCUGGGUCUGCGAUUCUUCGACUGAUUCCCCCGCCGUUGUCUACAUUCCUUCUGGAACGUACCUCAUCAGCAAGCCCAUCAUCUUCUACUAUGAGACUCAGCUCAUCGGUAACCCUCGUGCUCUCCCUAUCCUCAAGGCUUCUCCUUCGCUCCAGGCUCUUGCCCUCAUCGACGCCAGCCCUUACAACAACCAAAACGGUCAGCCUGGAUGGAUCUCGACCAACCUCUUCGUCCGCCAAAUCCGCAACUUGAUCAUCGAUGGCACUGCUGUUCCACCGACCUCGGGCUUCCAGGCUAUCCACUGGCCCGCCUCGCAAGCUACUACCAUCCAAAACGUUAAGAUCCGCAUGACACAGGCAUCUAACUCUGUCCAUGCUGGUAUCUUCGUCGAGAACGGAUCUGGUGGUCACAUGGCCGACCUCGACAUCUCGGGUGGUCUGUACGGAAUGAACAUCGGCAACCAGCAGUUCACCAUGCGCAACGUCAAGAUCUCCAAGGCCGUCACUGGUAUCUCUCAGAUCUGGGACUGGGGUUGGUUGUACGCUGGUCUCUCCAUCAGCGACUGCGGAACUGCUUUUUCCAUGAGCAACGGUGCCUCUUCUGGAAAGCUUGAGGUCGGCUCCGUUGUCAUCAUCGACUCUGAGAUCACCAACUGCAACAAGUUUGUCGACAUGGCAUGGUCAAGGUCCACUAUGCCCACCGGUGCUGGUCAGCUGAUUCUUGAGAACAUUGUUCUGAACAACGUACCCAACGCUGUCGUCGGAAACGGUGCCACUGUUCUUGCUGGAGGUUCGCUCACGAUCCAAGCUUGGGGACAGGGUAACAAGUACGCUCCCAACGUCAACGGACCUCAGAAGUUCCAGGGACCUAUCACCCCGGCUCCCCGCCCCAGCAGUCUUUUGGACGGUGGCAAGUACUACGCCAAGUCGAAGCCCACAUACGAGACUCUCACUACUGGCAACUUCAUCAGCGCUCGUGGUGCCGGUGCCACUGGCGAUGGUCGUACCGAUGAUACUCAGGCCGUUCAGAACGCCAUCAACUCAGCUGUCUCUCAGGGCAAGGUCGUCUACUUCGAGCACGGUACCUACAAGGUUACAAACACCAUCUACGUUCCUGGUGGCGCCCGCAUGGUCGGCGAGACAUUCUCCGUGAUCAUGGGUUCCGGCUCUGUGUUCGGAAACAAGGACAGUCCAGUUCCCAUUGUGCAGGUCGGCAAGUCUGGUGAGAGCGGUAGCGUCGAAUGGUCCGACAUGAUUGUCGCUACCCAGGGCGCAACACCCGGUGCCAUUGUCAUCCAGUACAACCUCAACACUGCGCGUGGCUCUGGUAUCUGGGACGUCCACACCAGGAUCGGUGGUGCAAAGGGUACCAACCUGCAGGUUGCGCAAUGCCCCGCGAUCGUCGGACAAGUCAAGCCUGAGUGCAUGGCUGCGCACACCAACGUCCACAUCACCAAGGGUGCCAACGGAGCAUACUUUGAGAACAACUGGUUCUGGACUGCUGAUCACGACCUAGACGACGCCAAGUCGACCCGUGUCAACAUCUACACUGGCCGUGGUCUUCAUGUUGAGGCUCAGAAUGUCUGGCUUUGGGCCAACGGGGUAGAGCACCAUGCCGUCUACCAAUACCAACCUCUUCAGUUCAACGGUGCAAGCAACAUCUUCGCCGGUUUCAUCCAAACCGAAACCCCCUACUACCAGCCCACACCUGACGCCUCCACCAACCCCUACGGCAGCUCAGCUGCCUACUCUGACCCCACCUACCCCUCCGGUGCCUCAGCAUGGGGACUCCGCGUUCUAAACUCCAAGAACGUCAUGAUCUACGGUGGAGGUCUGUACUCUUUCUUCCGCAACAUCGACGUCUCGUGCUCCUCUCCUGAUGCGCCUGGUGGCAACCGCAACUGCCAGCAACGCAUCUUCAGCAUCGAGGGUGCGAGCACCAUACAGGCUUUUGCUCUUAGCGAGGUCGGCGUGCAGUCCAUGGUCACUGUUGAUGGUGUUGACAAGGCGAACUGGAGCGACAACUUGAGCGUUUACCCGAACACCAUUGGGUGGGUGUCCAACGGGUUCUAG